GUCAUUAUGAAGGAGAUCGGUUAAAUGAAUACAAAGAGUUUCCGAGGGCAGUGAGUGGGGCUCGAAUCGAAUUAGAAAUCGAAUAGUUAUCGAAUACAAUCGUAUCGUAUCGAAUCGAAUCGAAGUCAUCUCGUCUCGCUUUUUUUCUCCCGUCGUCUGUUCUUCAACGCUCUUUCAACAUAAUCAAGUCCCAACUAUGGAUAUUAAUAGUUCUAAUUACAAUUAAUUAUCAAUAGCAAUCUACGAUUCAAAUUAAUUAAACAAAUACAUAUUCAAAUACCAAAAAUAAAAGUUAAAAACUCGGCUAAGCCACAGAAAAGCAAUAAGCCGACUGUGUGAAAAGAAAAUUCCCAUAUCGUCAAUAAAUCGCCUUCCUGCCCUAAGCACUAUAUCAACAAUAACAACAACCACACUAACAACUAUCAAAACAACAACAAGAAAAUAAAAAAUAAAAAAAAAAAACAAAGAAAACAAAACAAAUAACAAUAACAACAACAAAGUCUACCAAAAAGCAAUCGAACAUAGCGAAUAAAAAAAUAAAUGUUGUACAUAACUACGGAUACACUGUAAAUAAAUUGUAUGCAAUUACCUCUAAAAAACAUAGCCAAAAACAAAAAAAAAGUAGAGUUUAAAAAGUAAUUUUUUUGCAAAAAAAAGGCCUAAUAUUCCUUGUCUGUUUAUAUUGAAUAAAAAAAAAAUGAUUUUUCCAAAGAUUAUAAUUAAGAAUACUCCACUUUAAAGGUUUUUGGUUUUGAGAUAAUCGAUAGAUUCGAUUAUAAUCGAUAAGUAAUCGGUUCAUUGACAGAAUCUUUGGCCAGCAAAAUUUAGCUAGAAGACAAAAUAUACAAGGAGACGAUUUUUUUGAAUUAAAGCAACAAACUAAAAAUAAAAAAUAACAACAACCCAACAAUAAUUAGCAAUAAAAAAUUCAAUUUGGUUAACAAAACAACGGAAGACCCCCUUUAAAAAAAUAAAUUAAGAGAGAGAGAGAGAGAGAGGAUAAGGAUAAGAAAAAGGAUAAGUUGUACGCCCAUUGUGAUUCUUAAUUUUAGACAUAUUAGGCCAAGAAACAAGCCAGAAACCAAAGAAGCAACCAAAAGUUAAACCAAGAACAGGAGAAUCCUUGCUCACAAAUUAGAAGAAAAAAAAAUAAAAGUAACAGCGAGCAAAACGACCAAAAAGGCUGCUUCCAAAAAAGCAUUAAAAAAGCAUUAAAAAAGCAAAGGAAAAGCAUUGAAAAAGCAAGAGCAACAUCAGCCGCCCAAGCAUAGCAAGUCUCUUAGUUCAAUUCCAUCCAAAAGUUAAAAAUAAAAACACUAAAAGGAUUCUCAAGAGAAAUUCUACAAAAAUACUCUACUUAUUUUAAUUUCGAAAAAAGGAUAAAGAAAUAAGGAUAAGGCAUCCAACUAUCGUCUCUCUCAAACUGAAACUGAUAAUUUUUCAUUGGAAACUUCUCCUCAACGCCCAAGGUUUCUUCUCGAAAAUCGCGAGUGCGUUUCAAUACAACUAUAACUAUAUAUACACUUACAAAAUAACUAUACAAUUUCGAUCCGAGGCCAAGGAGGUGACGACCAACAGCCGCCAAGAUGACCAUGUGGCAGAGUGGCGGCAUGGGAGGCCAUGGCUCCCAGAACAAUCCAUGGAUGAAGCUGAUGGGCAUUGUCCACAAGGAGCGACGCCACACGGACAAUGUCCAGAGCCAGUCGGGUUCCAACGAGCGCAACUUGAACCAGUCUUUGCCCAAAUUGAGCAGUCAAGACGAAGAAGGGGGGGCUGGUCAUGGCUUUGGUGGCGGACCGCAACACUUUGAACCCAUUCCUCACGAUCAUGAUUUCUGCGAAAGAGUCGUUAUAAAUGUAAGCGGAUUAAGGUUUGAGACACAACUACGAACGCUAAAUCAAUUCCCGGACACACUGCUUGGGGAUCCGGCUCGGAGAUUACGGUACUUUGACCCGCUUAGAAAUGAAUAUUUUUUUGACCGUAGUCGACCGAGCUUCGAUGCGAUUUUAUACUAUUAUCAGAGUGGUGGCCGACUACGGAGACCGGUCAAUGUCCCUUUAGACGUAUUUAGUGAAGAAAUAAAAUUUUAUGAAUUAGGUGAUCAAGCAAUUAAUAAAUUCAGAGAGGAUGAAGGCUUUAUUAAAGAGGAAGAAAGACCAUUACCGGAUAAUGAAAAGCAAAGGAAAGUCUGGCUGCUCUUCGAGUAUCCAGAGAGUUCGCAAGCCGCCAGAGUUGUAGCCAUAAUUAGUGUAUUUGUUAUAUUGCUAUCAAUUGUUAUAUUUUGUCUAGAAACAUUACCCGAAUUUAAGCAUUACAAGGUGUUCAAUACAACAACAAAUGGCACAAAAAUCGAGGAAGACGAGGUGCCUGACAUCACAGAUCCUUUCUUCCUUAUAGAAACGUUAUGUAUUAUUUGGUUUACAUUUGAACUAACUGUCAGGUUCCUCGCAUGUCCGAACAAAUUAAAUUUCUGCAGGGAUGUCAUGAAUGUUAUCGACAUAAUCGCCAUCAUUCCGUACUUUAUAACACUAGCGACUGUCGUUGCCGAAGAGGAGGAUACGUUAAAUCUUCCAAAAGCGCCAGUCAGUCCACAGGACAAGUCAUCGAAUCAGGCUAUGUCCUUGGCAAUAUUACGAGUGAUACGAUUAGUUCGAGUAUUUCGAAUAUUUAAGUUAUCUAGGCAUUCGAAGGGUUUACAAAUAUUAGGACGAACUCUGAAAGCCUCAAUGCGGGAAUUAGGUUUACUUAUAUUUUUCUUAUUUAUAGGCGUCGUACUCUUCUCAUCGGCGGUUUAUUUUGCGGAAGCUGGAAGCGAAAAUUCCUUCUUCAAGUCCAUACCCGAUGCAUUUUGGUGGGCGGUCGUUACCAUGACCACCGUUGGAUAUGGUGACAUGACACCCGUCGGUGUUUGGGGCAAGAUUGUGGGAUCACUGUGUGCCAUUGCUGGUGUGCUGACCAUCGCACUGCCGGUGCCGGUCAUCGUCAGCAAUUUCAACUACUUCUAUCACCGCGAAACGGAUCAGGAGGAGAUGCAGAGCCAGAACUUUAAUCACGUUACUAGUUGUCCAUAUUUGCCAGGUACAUUAGGUCAACACAUGAAGAAAUCAUCAUUGUCCGAGUCCUCAUCGGAUAUGAUGGAUUUGGACGAUGGUGUCGAGUCCACGCCGGGAUUAACAGACACGCAUCCAGGACGCAGUGCAUUGCAGGCUCCAUUUUUGGGAGCACAGCAGCAACAGCAGCAGCAGCAACAGCAGCAGCAAAUGCAACAGCAACAGCAACAGCAAUUGCAGCAACCUGUUGCAUCGACUUCGAUGUCGAUGUCUCUCGAUAAACAGUUGCAGCAUCCGCUGCAGCAGUCACAGCAGCAACUGUACCAGCAACAACAGCAACAGCAACAGCAGCAGCAGCAGCAGAACGGCUUCAAGCAACAGCAGCAGCAGCAACAGCUGCAGCAGCAUCACACAAUAAGCGCAGCAGCUAGCGCAGCAGCGGGCAGCAGCAGCAGCGGCCUCACCAUGAGGCACAAUAAUGCCCUGGCCGUUAGCAUUGAGACCGACGUUUGACUACUGGUGCAAAAGACGUUACGUGGUAUAAAUUUGGCCUUGACAGGAGUUACGUUGGAUGCCAGAAACGACUACAAAAGCUGUUUAUAUUUAAUUUAAGUAGAACAAAUAACAAACAAAUUUAAUCUAUUACUAAAUUAAAUUUAAUCUAAAUUUAAAUCUAAAUUAAUUUAAAAUUAAUUUAACUAAAUUAUACACUUAACGAUAAAAAACCAAAAACCAACCAUCACAAAAUCCAAAAAAAUCCAGAAGAAAUGAAAGCGUAAGGGAAGUACCAGAAAUAAAAGCGAGUAGUAUGGCAUAAUAACGAUAAAAAUAAAAGUUAUAACUAAUUAAAAUCCAAACCAGCAUAAACAUCGAAGGCAUGAAGAAAAGCAGCCAAAAUAAAUAUUAAAAAUAUAAUUAAAAAAUAAAUUGAAUAACAAAGCCCAGAAGCUACAGACCGGUACUGUAAAUAAAUGCAAAAUAAAUGUUUAUGCUCACAGAACACACAUAACAAGCAUUACGUAUUUUAGAGAACAAGAGAAAAAGCUUUAGGAAAAAGGAGUACAGAAAGGUGAAUGCUCCAAGGACGAAGGAUUCACACACACACACACACACUCUCACACUCAGCCGCACUCACAUACCUAUACGAACAUCCAAAAAUAUAGAAAAACUGCCGUAAUAUUUAACAGAAAAGAGUAAAAUCAAGGAAACCCAUUUGUAUAGUCAUCGAUCGAGGAGAGGAAACCCCGGAAGAAAAUCUGCUUUUAAAUGUGUCAGGAAAUAAUCAUUUAACUAACUUAGCUAACUUAACUAAAAACUAAAAUCUAAAAUUAUACACACGUACAUAUAUGUUCUAGAUGUAUGUAUAUGUCUAUAACCUAAAGAAAAUACUCACUCCUCUUAACUGAUUUUUGUUUUUUGACUAAAACAAGCUUAAUGGAAAACUGUACCCUCCAAAAUACCAAAAAAAUACUAUACCACCCCACCCGAAAGUACCGAAAACCGAAUACCGAAACCCGUAUCAGCUACGAUUUUCCUCCUGCUUCGAUCCCCCCGAAUAAUAUCGAAAUAAAAAGUACAAAUAUUCAACUAAAAGCAAAUAGUUAAUGUUUAAAUAAUACAAGCUCUGCCGAACAUGGAUAUUAGUAGAAUAAAUUGGAUUGCUCGUAGCAGAUCAGCUCAAUCAUGAUUGUUUAAAGAGAGAAAUGAGUAAAGAAAUUGAAGGAAAAUUAAAUGGAGAGUUGCCGACAACCGCUACAACAAAGAAAGAAAACCAGAAAACGCUCUUAUGAUUUUUGUAAUGAAAGCAAACUAUCAAAUAUAUAGAUACAAACGAAAUGAAAAGCUGAACGAUAUAGUAUACCACUAAUAGAAUAGUUCGACUGAAUUGCAAAGUCUAGAGAUCAAAAGCCCCAAAAACCUCUGGCGAAAAAAGAAACAUAAUCGUUGACUGAACUAUGCAGAUUUCGAAGUUUGCAUUAAAUGUAUAAAAAAAAACAAAGAGAAACUAUAAAUAUAUAUUUAUAAAUAUAUAUAGAUAUAUAAAUAUUUAUAUAUAUUUAUAAAUAUAUUGCAAAAACCUGUAUAUAUACGAAGAGCAGCCAGUCGAUAUUGAUGAAAAAAAGAUCACAUCAUUCAAGUGUAAAUUUAAAAAAGUAAAGCUUUGAAAACCGUCCACGCACACACACACACACACAAAAGCACACACACUUACACACACAGACCAGAACAAAAAACCGCGAAUUUUUUUUAAGGGCCUAGGUGGAGAAUUAAAAACUAAAAAAUAAAGGGCUCGAGAGUCAAAGAGAAUGCCAGUCGAAAAAAUCCGGAGGAGCAGAGCAAAAAAUGAGAGAAAGUGCCUUAAGGAAUAUGAUGAACUGGCCCGGGACUUUAGGCCCUCCCCCUUUCUGCCUACGCCCCUGCAACUGAUCCUUUCCCAACCCUAAAUGCCCCCAAAACCAAGAGCCAACCCAACUCGAAGCCAACUUUAGCUUUUUGCAAUUCAGUGGAACCACUAACCGAACAAUAAAACAAUGUGUCACAGUGGAGCCUAGCUGAAAACGGAAAGACAAAAGACAAAAGGUGGCCAGGCACUGUAAAUAAAGGACUUGCAACACUGUGGCAACCAACUAACUGUAAAUACUCUCCUAGCAAAGAAAGAGAAUACUCUACACAGAAAAAAAAAAAAAAUAAAAUAAAAUAAAAUAAAUAAAGCCAAGACCCUCAACUUGCAACAACGCUAUUUUGUACAAAAAAAAAAUAAAAUAAAAUAAAAUAUAAAUGAUAAAAAAUUAAGAACUAACAAAGAGGCGUAAAGAAGAGGCAAAGCAACACUCACACUCACACACACCCACGCAUACUUACACUCGAAGAAAACAGAACGUCAUUUAAAUUGUACUGUACGUAGUCAUACCAGAAAGUAUCUGUAUCUAGAAGCAACCAAGAGAGUAAUGCGAUGAAUAGGCACUAGGAAAAUGGUCCAGACGAUAAGAAGAAUAUAACCAAUAAAGAAAACAAAAAAAAAAUAUAAAUAAAUAAAUAAAAUAUGGAGAAAAGGAAACACCAAAUGGAAUGAGAAAGAAUAUAACUAAUAAAGAAGAAGCUUAACGAAAAGAGAACCGCUUACUUAAGAUUAGAUUUUAUGAUUUAGAAUGAGCAGAUGACGAGAAUGAACGGAUAAUUAGCUUCAUAGAUAACAGAGAUAUGUAGAUAUCAGAUACAAGAUACAAGAAAACCGAAACACGAUAAGCCGAUAGAACCGAUAAACCCGCUAGCCCGAUAGCCGAUAGACGAUAGCCGAUAUUAAUAGCAAGAUAUCAGAUAUCAGAAUACAAGGAGCCGAGUGUAAAGUAAGGUUGUUUUUUUUCCUAGCCUUAAUCUAGACAAAUGAAUAAAUUUAGCGAAAGAAUAAAACACAUAACUGUAAAUGAGUCUAAGGAUAACCGAUGUAUAGCAGAAUUUAGUAUUUGACUUUUUAAUUUUAUUAUUACAAUUAUACGUUCACAUUUUUGUCCUACAUUUUAAGACUUUGAUUUAAUCACAAACAAAAUGAGCCACUAUAAUUAAAGAAGCAAAAAAAAACCAAAUAAAAUUCUAAAAAAAAAAACAAAAACAGACAGAAAACAAAUCGUGUUAAUAUUUACCUAUGAAAGCUUAAAACCAAGAAUGAAAAAAAACUGAAAAUACCAAAAAAAUGAAAAAAACAAAAAAAAAAAUUUUGGAAUAAAUGUGUUCAGCAAAAGAAAUGUUAUUAUAUGUUUAAAUAAAAUUACAAUUAAUUGGAGAUGAACAGAAAAAUUUAAUGUAAUUAAAUUGAGCUAAGUACACGAGUAAAAAAUUCUAAACAAUUUCAAAUUGUAUAUAUGUAUACACAGCAUAAAAAUACCACAAAACCAACUCACACACAUAGGUAUAUAUUCUAUAUAUAUAUGGCCUAUAGCAUAUAUAUAUCUAUGUAUAUGCUGAAACCGAAUUAAAAGCUAGCUAAUCGCAGACAACAAAAUAUUUAAAAAGUAACAAAUACCCUUGAAAAUACCAAAGAAUUACACUCACACACACACACACUCGAGAGAUGAUCUAGAAGAAGACGAUCAAGAUGGUGAUCAAGAUGAAGAAGAUAACGGAACCCCAAAUGCUGAUCCAAUCCGAUCCGAUCCGAUCCCAACAAUAAGAAAAGCAAAAACAAAAAAAAUCGAAGCAAAUAAAUUUGAGAAAAGUUUUUGAAGCGUUUUUUAUUUCGCACAGUUCACUGUGCCGCCUUGUAAAUAACAAAUACCAAAAACCAAUAAAUACCAAAACAAAAUAAGAGUAUUUACUACUUUGUAACUGUAAAUUUCGUUUUGCCAACGUAUUUUUGCGACGUAUCCGUCUUAUUCCAUUCCGUUCCGUUCCGUAUAUAUAUAAUUUUUUUUUUGUAUUUAAAAAGUAGAUCCGUAGUUAGUUGAGGAAUUUCUGUCGAGCUAGGAUCUAGUUUUUUAUACUUAGUUAUUACUGUAACUGUAUUAGCUGACGCUCAAAACAAAAGAAUACCACAGGCACAGUAGAGCCUCGUUGUUUGCUGUUUUCCUUUCGCAUUUAAAUUAUAAUACUGAUCAUUUUUUUUAAAUUAGAAACAACCAAGGCUCUGCUGGUGGUAUUACCAAAAAAGAAAAACAAAAAAAAAUUGAAAUUCUAAUUGUAAAUAAUCCAUAAUUUUUUCUUGUUAUUUUGUGAGCUAAUCUUAAAUUAUUCAGUCAGCCAAUCAGCCAAUAAAAUGAAAUUCUAAAAACAUACACUCACACACACAUUAAAUAUCGAAUCGAAAGUGGAAUUUACAAGAAACGCAUUUUCUAAGUUCGGUUUUUGAAUUAGUUUUCGUAUUUUACGCUUUAACUAUUAUGCUCUACUCGAAUCAACUCUACGCUAUUCAAAACUCAACUCUAGUCUAGCCUAACUCUAAUCCAAAACAAAAAAUACUAAAAAGUAAAACAAAUUGCAUUCAAAAACCUUUAAAAAAUACACACACUCGAAAAAAUACCAAGACGAUAUACUCUUUUGAACGGAGAUCCAGAGGCGAAGAAGCAGACAUAUCGUUGUAAAGCAAACAAAAAAAAAAGAAAAGAAGAAAAUUAAGUUACGAUAACCAAACGCUCAGAGUCAUGAGAAUAAAUCAUACAAAAAUAUCCAGUUAAUAAACACGUAAUUAUUUUUCAAAAUAUUUAAACACUAAACACUAAACAACAAACACUCGACUUCUUCAAUUUAAACCAAAAACAAUCUUUUCAAGUUUUCCAUUAAAUUUAAUUGCAAACCUAACGAAGCAAAGAAAAUCUUAAUACACAUACGUAAAACAAAAAAAUUAAUAAAAAUAAUUAAAAACCUUUUGAUUGAAACAAAAACACAUUUACCAUAUGGCUAUAUAGUACGAGUAAAUCAAAACAUAAACCAAAAAAACGAAAAACCAAAAAAGAAUCUUUCAAAAUCUUCUCAAUGCUUCAAAAAAAAAAACCAAAUAAAAUUUCUAUUAAGGACAAAGACUGCAAAUAGAGAUUUAAAAAAAAACAAGUACACGUACAUAUAUAUAGAAGAAGAAAACGAAAAAAAAAAACAGAAAGAAAUUUUUAUUAAUUGAUUUUUAAUUCUAAUUUGGCCUUGAUUCAACCUACCAAGAAAAUAAGUUUAGGUUUAGUUAGAACCGAAGCGAUACAGACCGGACAGAACUGAAAUGAAUCGAACUUUCAAUUUUGAAAUUAAAAGCCUCUCACAGCAAAUUCCAGAAAUAGUUUAAAAAACAUAUAACAGAAGAAAAACAAUAACAGAAUAACAGAACAGAAGAAAAUCAAAGCCACAGGCCACAGAUAAUACCAAAACACAAUAAUCCCCAAAAUAGAGCAGAACGAACAAUUUAGUAUUACGCCUAAUAAGAUAUUACAAAAAGAAAAGAAACCAAAAAACAAAAAAAAAUGAAACAAAAACCUAAAACUCACUCAAAAAUUAAACAAAAAAAAAUGGAAAACAAAACAAAAAUGGAAAUGUUGUUAAGAUUAAAAUGAAAUGUUUUAUAAUCGUUAUUCAAUAAAAAUAAAAAAAUAAAAAAUAAAUUUCCAAAAAAAAAGCAUUAACCCAAACAAAAUUCGAACAAUUCUAGUUAUAAUCUUCCCCAUAUCCUUAGUCCCCAUUUUUAGACUAGUUGGUAGUCCUCGUAGAGUAUAUACAUUUUCGGGUAAAAAUUCUCUUAAAUUUUUGGGCAGCAAUAGAGUUAGUAAAUCACUAUCGUAACUGUAAGCUUAGACUCUAGAUUAAUAGAUCUAAGUUAAGAGGUUUGUUCCUUUUUUUAUCAAACACGCAGACAGACAAUCCUAAAAACAUACAAGAAAGCACUCAUGCCAGUAGCACCAUUCCAUUAAAGACAUUUUCUAGCGUAGUUUUAGCCACAAACCACAAGCCCCAACCCCCCCAAAUAAUACCCCAAAAACACACACACAACAACAAAAACAAAGUACAUACAUGUCUUCAUAAAAAGAAACGCAUGACAUGUCGGCAUUUAAUGUCGAGACAUGUCGAGUGCAAAAAAAAUACUAAAAAGAGUAUAAAAGUAACAAGUAUUAAUAUGAGAAAGUCCACUUCUUGGAAAGUUGAAGUCCUAACAGGUCAGGUCCCGGCCCGGCAGUCAAAAGCGAUGCUAAUAAGCCCCAAUAAAAAUACCAGCGAACGAAACGCUUCAACGCUCCUGCGCCAGCCUGCUAUCGUUAACCUUAAUCGUUAUCGCUAUCGCUCUGCCCCAUUAUUGCUGCAAAUAUAACAACAACAACAACUACUAUGUAUAAUGCUACAGCAACAACAACUAGCAGCAGCAACAACAACAACAACAAUUAAGACAACAACAACAACUACGGCGGAACAACAAGAACAACAACGAAGAACUUGCAGUUCUCUCAACAAUAAUUUUUUUGCUGAGACUGCACGGCUCCUGCUUCUGCUCCUAAGUCCCGUUUCCCUGUGCUUCCCGAUUCCGGUGCAUGUGCAAUCAGUUGCUAUAACUAUAUAUAUUUGCUAAAUAUAUAUACAAUACCAAAAUAUCCAAUCGAAAUCGAAUGAUAUUGAUAUUGAUAUUUGACAUUGAGAUCGCGACAGAACCAGAAUCAGAUCGCAGCAAAUCCAAGCAAAGCAAAUCAAACAAAAAAACUAAAGCAAAACAAAAAAAAAAUUAUAUAGAAACCAAAAGCAAAUGCAAAUCAAAACAAAAAAAUUUAAACGCAAUAGCAAAAAAAAAAUAUAUAUAAAAAAAAACAUACACAAAGGGCGCACGCUUAGCACAUUUGCAUAAAAUACCAACUUACUUGCUAUAUUUCCACUUCCCACCAAAAAAAAAAAAAAUCAACCCACAGACAUACAAAACAAACACAUACACUACAAACAAACAAACAUAAAAAGGAAUGCAUUUUACACCAAGAGGAGUUUUUUGGCUUUCUACUCACUUUGAACACGUUUUUUUCUCUCGCUUUGAUUUUGAUUUCGUUCCUUGAGCAUUAAUCUCAGCAACUACUCUUUGCCUUACGUACGAUCGCUUAACUAUACCUAAUCUCUAUAUAAUACACCAGAAAAAGAACACACACACACUCAGAGAAAAAAGACACACAGCUAAGGCGGCAAGUUUAGACCUAAAUUUGCCCAUCAGCUUUUGAAAGUUCAUCCAUCAUCCACCAUAUUCUGUCAUUAAGCCAUCAAACUCAUUGUCAUUGCACCUUAAAAAGAAAAAAAUUCCAGAAAAAAAAUACUAAAGCACACACGAAGUACAGUCAGAUCGAACCGAAUCAUGCAUCCAAAUCCAAACCAAAACAAAUAAGGUACAGUCAGACAGUCAACUUAAAUACACGAUUCAAAAUACAGUGAAUACUCGAAAAACAUCGUCGCUGAUGAAGGAAUCGAACCAAGCACGAAGACGACACAAGUACCAAGGAAGAAGACGCCAUUGAAAGAAGAGAAAUGAAAAUGAUGAAGACCGAAGGAUCAAGGAUGUUUGUGCUAUGUGUCUCCCUCCCAACUCCUGUCAGUGUGUGUGUGUGUGUGCCACAACGUUAACCGUUAACCGUUAACCGAUAACCGAUAAACCGACUCGAAACCGAUCGGUUCGGUUCGAUUUGCUUUGGUUUUUCAAACACACAUCUCUAUAUCUCUAUGUAUAUUCAUUUUAUGUCAAGUUUAACAGCGACGACGCCAAACGCCGGCACAUUUUGUUUAUUCCAUUUGGCAAUAAGUACGCUUCGGUUUUUUGUUAGCCAAAACCAGCUAUCCACCCAUAAUCUAAAUAUCAAUAACCUAUCUAUGUAAACCACAAUGAUUUUAUCUUUUUGUCUCUAUCAGAUUUUUAGUUUAUUCUUUUCUUUUUUGACGAGAUUUCAUUUUGAGAUUCAGACUAUUCAAUUUUUGAAUUUAAAUUUAAUUUUGAUUUUGAUUUAGAUUUGAGUUGAGUUUAGUUUUAGUUAUCGGAGCCCACCCAUCCUAAAAAAAAAAAAGGAAGAUAACACCCCACCCUAGAACCACCCCACCAUUUCCCACCAAAAAAAAAAAAACGAAAUGCUUUCAAUGUUCGCAUAUACUGAAUACCAAAUACCAAAUACUAAAUACUUAAUACUGAAUACCAAUAACAAUACCCGAUACUUAUACCAACGCCAAAUACCUAGUUGAGUCCUUUUGUUUUUUGCUUUCUCUCUUCAGUUAAACGUAAGCCCACCCCCACCCACCUCUAUUGUAUAACUAAC